GCCAAGGGCGAGAUCCCGGAGGUGGCGUUCAUGAAGUGACUGCGAUGUGGCCCCUGUAAAUAGCCCCUGGAUGCUGUCCGGCCAUCACCGGCGCCCGUCGCCGCAAGCGCGGCCUCCCUGCCAGUGCGCUGGGCGAGGACGGUACCCGCGCCGCCGCCUGGACUCUCCCGGCCCAGAGACCCUGCGAGGCCGAGCCGUGGGCCCGCGGGAGCCAGCGCCCUUGAGCAGACUGACACUAAGCCGCCCGAAGGACUAGGUGCUUCGUGUACUUAACCCGGGAUCCCUGUACUUUUUAAGAUAAAGCGUGAUACUGUGUUGACGGUGCCUGGUUUCCUGGGGCGCGGGGAAGCGCGUGAGCGUGAGCGGUGGGGGCUGCGCGGAGCCGGAAGCCCAACCCGGAAGUAGAAGCGCCAGCAGCCGGACGCCCCGGAAGCGGAAGCAGCCCGCGCGGUCAUGGCGCUGUGGCGGCGCUGGUCCCGGGGUCUGCUGCUCUGCCUGCGGCCCCUGCACGCCGGGACCCCGCCGCGGGACGUGCUGCUGUUCGAGCACGAGCGCCAACGCUUCUUCGCCGUCCUCGGGCUGUUCUGCGCCGGCCAGGGCGUCUUCUGGGCCUCGCUGGGAACCCUGGUACUUGGUGCUGCUCUGCUCUUCUCUCUCCGAUCUGUGCGCUCAGUGAUGCUUCGAGCCGGAGGGCAGCAAGUGACCCUCACCACCCACGCCCCCUUUGGCCUGGGGGCUCCUUUCACUGUUCCCUUGAGCCAGGUGUCUUGUAUGGCCCACCGAGGAGAAGUCCCUGCCAUGCUGCCUCUGAAGGUCAAAGGUCGGCGCUUCUACUUCCUCUUGGACAAAGCUGGACACUUCCCGAAUGCUCAGCUCUUUGACAGCACUGUGGGUGCCUACCGGAGCUUGUGAAAAAACGGGACAGACGAAAACUGUCAGGGGUCCAGUGUUUAACAGUAAAUAAAGGAGUCAAAGGGCA